AUGUCGGCUGAGCCAGAUCACGCGAAGCCCAAGGUCGACUUGUCCAAGGACCCUUCUGGCGCCGAACACAAGACGGUAGGCAAAUGCCCCGAGAGCCCAGCGAUGAGCGCCACUAACCCGCCACAGGAGGAUGAGGUAGCAACGGCCAUUCUCAAGAAGAAGAAGAAGCCCAACUCGCUCAUCGUCACCGAUGCCGUCAACGAUGACAACUCCAUCAUCGCACUUUCCAACAACACCAUGGAGACGCUCCAGCUGUUCCGUGGCGACACUGUGCUCGUCAAGGGCAAGAAGCGCAAGGACACGGUUCUCAUUGUGCUGGCAGAUGACGACCUUGAUGACGGCUCCGCACGGAUAAACCGCGUUGUACGCCACAACCUGCGCGUCAAGCACGGCGACGUAAUCACCAUCCACCCAUGCCCAGACAUCAAAUACGCCAAGCGAAUUGCUGUCCUCCCCAUCGCCGAUACCGUUGAGGGCAUCACCGGCUCAUUAUUCGACGUUUUCCUCGCACCAUACUUCCGCGAAGCAUACCGACCUGUACGACAAGGCGAUACCUUCACAGCCCGCGGCGGUAUGCGGCAAGUAGAGUUCAAGGUGGUGGAGGUCGACCCGCCGGAGUUUGGCAUCGUUGCGCAGGAUACCGUCAUCCACUGCGAGGGCGAGCCGAUACAGCGCGAAGAUGAGGAGGGCAACCUCAACGAGGUUGGCUACGACGACAUUGGUGGUUGCCGCAAGCAGAUGGCCCAGAUCCGAGAGCUUGUGGAGCUUCCGCUGCGACAUCCGCAACUCUUCAAGUCUAUCGGUAUUAAGCCACCCCGCGGUAUCCUCAUGUACGGUCCACCCGGUACCGGUAAGACGCUGAUGGCUCGUGCUGUCGCCAACGAGACUGGUGCGUUCUUUUUCCUGAUCAACGGUCCCGAAAUCAUGUCCAAGAUGGCCGGUGAAUCGGAAUCGAAUCUCCGCAAGGCUUUCGAGGAGGCAGAAAAGAACUCUCCGGCCAUCAUCUUCAUCGACGAAAUCGAUUCGAUUGCCCCCAAGCGUGAGAAGACGAACGGUGAAGUCGAGCGCCGUGUCGUUUCUCAGCUGCUCACGCUCAUGGACGGCAUGAAGGCCCGUUCCAACGUGGUCGUCAUGGCUGCCACUAACCGCCCGAACUCCAUCGAUCCUGCGCUGCGUCGUUUCGGCCGCUUCGAUCGCGAAGUCGACAUCGGUAUCCCCGACCCCACUGGUCGUCUUGAGAUCCUUCAGAUUCAUACAAAGAACAUGAAGCUCGGUGACGACGUUGACCUUCAGACCAUUGCCGCUGAGACUCACGGUUACGUUGGUUCUGAUUUGGCUUCCCUCUGCUCUGAGGCAGCCAUGCAACAGAUUCGUGAGAAGAUGGAUCUCAUUGAUUUGGACGAAGACACCAUCGACGCAGAGGUCCUUGACUCUCUCGGUGUUACUAUGGAGAACUUCCGCUUUGCUCUCGGCGUUUCCAACCCCUCUGCUCUGCGCGAAGUCGCCGUUGUGGAGGUGCCCAACGUUCGCUGGGAGGACAUUGGUGGUCUCGAGGAAGUCAAGCGCGAGCUUAUCGAGUCCGUCCAAUAUCCCGUCGACCACCCAGACAAGUUCCUCAAGUUUGGCUUGUCUCCCUCCCGUGGUGUGCUCUUCUACGGUCCCCCUGGUACCGGUAAGACGCUGCUCGCCAAGGCCGUUGCCAACGAGUGCGCUGCCAACUUCAUUUCUGUCAAGGGUCCCGAGCUGCUUUCUAUGUGGUUCGGUGAGUCCGAGAGCAACAUCCGUGACAUCUUCGACAAGGCUCGCGCUGCCGCACCUUGCGUUGUCUUCUUGGAUGAGUUGGAUUCCAUUGCUAAGUCUCGUGGCGGAUCUCAAGGCGACGCUGGUGGUGCCUCGGACCGUGUCGUCAACCAGCUGCUGACCGAGAUGGAUGGUAUGACAUCGAAAAAGAACGUCUUCGUCAUCGGUGCUACCAACCGACCCGAACAGCUGGACAAUGCUCUUUGCCGACCUGGACGUCUCGACACUCUUGUCUACGUUCCCCUUCCCGACCAGUCAUCUCGUGCUGGUAUCCUGAAGGCUCAGCUCCGCAAGACCCCUGUUGCGCCCGACGUUGACCUGGACUUUAUUGCCGCCAACACCCAUGGAUUCUCCGGUGCUGAUCUUGGUUUCGUUACUCAGCGUGCUGUCAAGCUUGCUAUCAAGCAGGCCAUUGCCACUGACAUCGAGCGCCGAAAAGCUCGCGAGGCUGCUGGUGAGGAUGUUGAGAUGGGCGAAGACGAUGAGGACCCCGUUCCUGAACUCACCAAGGCACACUUCGAGGAGGCCAUGCGCUCCGCUCGUCGCUCUGUCACCGAUGUCGAGAUCCGCCGGUACGAGGCUUUUGCUCAGUCAAUGAAGAACUCCGGCGGUUCGAGCUUCUUCCGCUUCCCCGAUGGUCAGGAUCCCGCCAACGAGCAACAGAACACUUUUGGUCAGGCAGGUCAGGAUGAGGACUUGUACAGCUAG